UGUCCCGAGUGUGCUCCAUUCCCUCCCCGGCACUAACUGGUCGUUCUCUAAAAGGUCCGGGCACUCCUGUGACGGGCCCGCUUCGCGCGCGCGGCAUCUGGGCGCGGUGGAGACGCGCGGCCCGCCCCGCCCCCUAGCUCACUGAGGCCGCUGGACCCCUCCUCUCAUCUCUCCUCCCCUCCUUCUUGGACCCCUGCCCCCCGCGCCAUCCCGCCCGGCCCCCCACGUCACUGAGGCCGCGGGACCCCUCCCCUCAGCUCCCCUCCCUUCCCGACCGGACCCCGCCCCGCGCCAUCCCGCCCGGCCCUCCACGUCACUGAGGCCGCCGGACCCCCCUCCGCCGCUCCUUCCUUUCUCCCUCCCGCCCGCCCCGCCCUGUCCCGUCCCGUCCCGUCCCGCCCCCAGCGCUCCUCCGCCGCCGGACGCGCCACUCGGCCGGCUGCAGCUGCUUCGCUGGCCCUCCGCCCGCCCAGCCCCGCCCGGACCAUGUCUUCCGAGGUGGCGCGGCACCUGCUCUUUCAGUCUCACAUGGCAACAAAAACAGCUCAUAUGUCCCCACAAGUAUUUGACAAUGAAGAGAAACAAAAAAAAGAAAAUACUCGUUCUUUAGCCAUGUCUGGCCAUGUUGGUUUUGAGAGUCUGCCUGAUCAGCUAGUCAACAGAUCGAUUCAGCAAGGCUUCUGCUUUAAUAUUCUCUGCGUGGGGGAGACUGGAAUUGGAAAAUCAACGCUGAUUGACACAUUAUUUAAUACGAAUUUUGAAGACCAUGAAUCCUCACAUUUUUACCCACAUGUUAGACUUAAAGCACAGACAUACGAACUCCAGGAAAGUAACGUUCGAUUGAAAUUGACCAUCGUGAAUACAGUGGGAUUUGGUGACCAAAUAAACAAAGAAGAGAGCUACCAACCAAUUGUUGACUACAUUGAUGCUCAGUUUGAGGCCUAUCUCCAAGAAGAGCUGAAAAUCAAACGCUCCCUCUUUAACUACCACGACUCUCGCAUCCACGUGUGCCUCUACUUCAUCUCCCCGACAGGCCACUCUCUGAAGACACUGGAUCUCUUGACCAUGAAGAGCCUGGACAGCAAGGUGAACAUUAUACCAGUGAUUGCCAAAGCAGAUGCAAUUUCUAAAACUGAAUUACAGAAGUUUAAGAUCAAGCUCAUGAGUGAAUUGGUCAGCAAUGGUGUUCAGAUAUACCAGUUCCCAACAGAUGAUGAAACUAUUGCUAAAAUCAAUGCUUCAAUGAAUGGACACUUGCCGUUUGCUGUGGUAGGAAGUAUGGAUGAGGUGAAAGUUGGAAAUAAGAUGGUCAAAGCUCGCCAGUACCCUUGGGGCAUCGUACAAGUGGAAAAUGAAAACCACUGUGACUUUGUCAAGCUCCGGGAGAUGCUCAUUUGUACGAACAUGGAGGACCUGCGAGACGAGACACACACGAGGCACUACGAGCUGUACCGGCGCCGCAAACUGGAGGAGAUGGGCCUCACCGACAUGGGCCCAGAGAACAAGCCGCUCAGUCUUCAGGAGACCUACGAAGCCAAAAGACACGAAUUUUAUGGUGAACGUCAGAGGAAGGAGGAAGAAAUGAAGCAGUUGUUUGUGCAGCGUGUGAAGGAGAAAGAAGCCGUAUUGAAAGAAGCUGAGAGAGAGCUCCAGGCCAAGUUUGAACACCUUAAGAGAGUCCACCAAGAGGAGAAGCUGAGGCUUGAGGAGAAGAGAAGACUUCUGGAAGAAGAAAUAAUUGCUUUCUCUAAGAAGAAAGCUACCUCCGAGAUAUACCAGAACCAGCCCUUUAUGACCCCGGGUGGUAACGUGAGGAAGGACAAGGACCGCAAGAACUCCACUUUUAUGUAAAACAAAGGUUCCAGAUCACAGAAGAUCAUCACAAGCAAAGUUAUUAAACUGUUAGAAGUAUGCUUUGAUUUUCUUGCUGUUUUUACUUGCUGUAUCACUUAUUCUGUAUCUGGCAAAUGGCCACAGUUAA